AGUUAACGUGGGCAGCUUCUUUGGGGAGGAAAGGAAGCAAGACAGUCUGCCAAGCUUCAGCUCGCCCCCCGCGUGUGCCUGUGAGUGCGCGCGCGAGGAUGAGUGCGCGCGCGCCGAGGCGUUCCUCAGGUUGCGCUGCCUGGAAACCGAGGGAGCUAUUGGCGAGGCGACAGAGUGGGGGCGGGGGCUUCCCGGCCCUCGGAGAAGCGGGGCGCUGGCGGCCGAGGCGAGCCCUGAACCCCGGCUCCCGGCACAGACGAAGGCAGAGCGGGGCGGGCGCUGAGGGCGGCCUCCAGGCCCUGGGGGGACCGCCGGGGAGGAGUUGGGGAGGAGGCCGGAGCUGCAUGGAGUUUCUAGGGCGCGCAACUCCGGCGGGGCCUCGGCCACUGGGCUCCGGGGUGCAGCGAGGCAGCCGCGCACAUGGGCUGAGCCCGCGCACCGGGGCUCUGCACGGCCAGCGGGAGCGAGAGGGGUAGAGGAGUCUGCCGUGCCGGGGUGCGGGGCAAGCGUCCCCAGACGGGAGCCGAGGACAAGGACAGGGAAGCACGCGCCCAGAUCGCUCUCCGAGCCGACGAGGGGCUCGCGCCGGCCCGGCGCGCGCUUGGGGAGCGGCCCGGGGCGCCGUGGGAGCCCGCUGCAGCAAGGAUGUCGGCGCGGGGACGCGGCUGCCGGCUGGGGGUGUGAGCGUGCGGCCGAGUGCUGCCCGCCGGCGCCCGCAUCCGCGUCGCCCCCUCCCUGCGGGCCUCUGAGGGAGCCCCCCGCACCCCACCGAGGAGCCUCGAAACCCAGGUUUGGCGGCUGCGGGCCCGUGCGGCCGGCCCUGGCCCAGCGAGAGGGAGAAGAUGCCUUUCCACCAUGUGACUGCUGGCCUGCUGUACAAGGGGAAUUACCUCAAUCGAUCCCUGUCUGCGGGCAGCGACAGUGAGCAGCUUGCUAACAUUUCUGUGGAGGAGCUGGAUGAAAUCCGAGAGGCCUUUCGGGUUCUGGACCGAGAUGGAAAUGGCUUCAUCUCGAAGCAGGAGCUGGGCAUGGCCAUGCGCUCUCUGGGGUACAUGCCGAGUGAGGUGGAGCUGGCCAUCAUCAUGCAGCGCCUGGACAUGGACGGGGAUGGCCAGGUGGAUUUUGAUGAAUUCAUGACAAUUCUUGGCCCUAAACUGGUGUCUUCAGAAGGUCGUGAUGGUUUUCUUGGAAACACAAUAGAUAGCAUAUUCUGGCAGUUCGACAUGCAAAGGAUCACUCUGGAGGAGCUGAAGCACAUCCUCUAUCAUGCAUUCCGGGACCACUUGACAAUGAAGGACAUUGAGAACAUCAUCAUCAAUGAGGAGGAAAGCCUGAACGAUACCUCAGGGAACUGCCAGACAGAGUUUGAAGGAGUGCAUUCUCAGAAACAGAACAGACAGACCUGCGUCCGGAAGAGCCUCAUCUGCGCCUUCGCCAUGGCCUUCAUCAUAAGCGUCAUGCUGAUUGCGGCCAACCAGAUCCUGCGGAGCGGCAUGGAGUAGCAGCCUCCCGCCACCACGCCGCUGCGUUCCCAGCUCACCGCGCAUGCGCAUGCCCUGCGGGCAGACUGUUCCUCCUCAAAAGCAGAUCCGAACGAUGCAGACAUGGCACAGUUCACCGAAGAACACCAGGUUGCAGUGCAACCGGUGUUGCAAAUUCACUUCAUCUCCUUGGCAGGGACACAAAAGGGCUGUCUUCAAUGCUUUAAUGGUUUUGUUUCCUAAUGCAAUAAAUAGCCCUGCAGAAACUGAAGAGAAACUUCAUUUUCAUCUCCGAAUCCCAGUGGCCCAGAGAGCAAGAGAGAGGCGUGAACACGCAGUCACCUCCUAGCCCCAUUCUUUCAACCUUGGGGGCAACUAGAGACCCCCCCAACGGCAACCCUCAGUCCCCAGGGGCUGACUUGCGGGUUGUUGCAGAAGAAGGGGCUCUCCAUCUGGCCUUGGCUUCCUUCCUCCACCCAGUGGAACCCCCCAAGGCUUGAGGGGAAAGCCAUCGGAUGGGGUGCAGCACCUGGCGGCCUGCAGCUGCCCCCUUCGCUUCCGUUCUUACUGCCUUUUCUACACGACUCUUGUUGGCAGAGUUGGGGAGCUCUCGGUUUCCAUCUGCACUUGGCUUUCUGUUCCUAGAGCCCAUCGCGCACCAGCAUCUUGGAAUCUGCAGAGAGCCUUCCUCCCAGCUUUGCUGCCUGUGCUGCCAUUAGAGAAAAAGAAGCAUAAUCAUGGGCACCUCUAUAUCACAGACAUGUAGACAGACAUAUAUUUGGCUUCUUCGUGUGUGACAUCAUUCUUCCCUAAUCGCUUACUCCUGAUAUAAGCUUGUCCUCCGACCCGCGUCCCUACCUCUUUUGGGCGGGACAGGUAGUUUGGGUGAUAGGAGACAGACUGAUGGUGAGGUGCUGCAGCCCAUACCCCAGCCGUCUGCAGUCAUGGAGCCUGAACACAUCUCAAUGCCAGAAGUUAAGGUCCUCUGCAUCUCACCUUUUUCUCAUCUGACAGUUUGCUUUGUAAGUUAGUCUUCCCCAGAUAAAAAGAGAAAUACAGUCCAGAGUGGAAAGAUAGAAAGAUCAAACAACUGUGUUUUAUAUAACAUCUUCCGGUGUUCAGAUCCUGCAACUGACUCAUUUCCAUGAGAAAAAAAACAAAAAGAUAUUAAUAAGUUUAGCCAACACGACAGGUAAUUUACUUCUCCCUGCAGAAUACUUCUGUUGGGGAAGGAAACCGAACCCCGUAGUCUGUUUUUAACACCAUUUCAAGUCUGUAAUUUCCUGACUUUUCCUAGAUGUCACAUCAGCCACCACGCUUAAUUCAAGCUUGCAUAGUCUGAUUAACCAGUAAUCUUUCAAUCUAAUAGUUCCCUUUGUACUUUUCCAAGCUCAGGUCUUUAUUUCUGUAAUGGAAUUGUCUCACUCCUCUUUCCCUCCAUCAUAUCCGAAAGCUACAUGCUUUUCCCCUCUCCCUUUCCCUUUUUUUUUUUCAAGUAAUGAAGCACCAGAAUCUUUCUUCUUUCACUGUAGCUGGGUAGGUUUUUUUGGUGCAGUGUGUGUUCCUGAACCCCUCAAGCCUCCCCUUCCUCUCAGCUUUCUCCCUACUGCCUUCUCAGACUUGGAGCUUCCAAUGUCUCAGUUUAGGGUCUUCUUCCAAUUCACCUCUGCAAGCGCUUCAGGCAACAGCCUGGGGGCAGCUACAGGAACUUCCCCACUGUGGGAGACAGUGCAAAUAUUCAUGAUGAGCACAAGAAAAACUAGGGUUUGAGCCAUCGUAAGAGGAGGAAGCAGGUGUUUGCUUCUGAGAGCCCAGGGGUUUGAGAGGCCUUCUGUGAGAGGUCCCGCACAUCCCCACCAUGGAAGGCAGCAGCCUGUCUGCCCUCUGCUCGCCCUGCCCUGCCACAGCACACCUUGCACACCUGCCUCUCCUCUCUCCUCUUGCCUGAGAUGCCGUGGCCCUCAGGAUACGAAUCCCAAACAAGAACAGGUCCAAAUACAGAAUACUAAUAGGACAACUUCAUCGUUAUCUCCUGCCCAAAGCAGCUGGCCCUCCCUCUUUCAACUACACUUGGUGGGGGGACCCCCUGAACCACUAGACUACGUCCUAAUGGGGAGGGAGUUACAGGACCCUAAGGAGACUGGAUAGAGACCCCAGGGAUGAUUCUUAAAGGAUUCUGCCCCAUGAGAGGAUAUUACAAUGCUGCAGGUGAGGUUGGACUUGAGAGCUAAAAAUGCUGCUUUUCAAAGGCUGCUUUUCUGCAAGUUCUUCUGCCUCUCCCUGGAGAACAGGGACCCUGAAGGAUGUGAGGGUUAGCCUUCAUUGGAAGACAGAUUAGUCACCAUGCAGGGGUGCACAUGAAAAGGAGUCUGGAGAGGCACCCUACAACGUCCUCAGCACCCUCUCCUUAAAGAGGCCUCCUACCCUCCCUGUGGCCCAGUGACCAGGAAGCCAGUCAUCCUACCCAGGAGAAAAUCUAGGAGCGUGCAUUCCUUGUGGAGGCUGCUAGGGACAGAGGGCACCAAGGAAGCCACAGAGCUCUCUUUGACGAGCUAGAAGUUAUCCUCCUCCAUGGUAACCUCGCACUUGGCACCCACGGUCUGCAGUAGUAUGGAGUCAACCCAGAGUAGUGGUAUUCUUGACACUUGACAAGCUAAGAGCUUGUCCUGGUGACUUGCACCCUGGCUGCUUUUCCUGGACAGUCUGUCAAAGGAGUUGGGCUUUGUCAGGCAGCUCAAAUUCUGGCUUCCUACAGCCCCAACCCCAGUCUUGUCCUUACCAGUGCUACUCCAGGGCCCCACGCCCAUCAACACCUUCACCACGGGUGUUACGAUGCUUAUGGAUGAAGACCCCAGAAGGUCCCGGUCCCCUGUGAACGAGAUGUGCCAUGUGGCCCCAGCAUGAGGUGACCUCUGCAGGAAUGGAGACAGAGGACCCCAAUUCUUCCUCUGUGCUCCCAACAAAUAGACAUAGGGGUCUAUUAUGAGGCAGCUGAGUGAUUGGCAAACUGAGCUUGGCUCAUUCUUGUCACAAGAAUGGGUGCCCCCCCAGACCACACUGUGAUAACCAAGGAAGCAUUUUGCUUGUGAGACAAGGGGUACAGACCCUGAUGCCCUUGGCUCCCCACAAAGCUGUUACCCAUCACUCCAGAAGCAGACAGAGCCCCCUAACAGGACCCAUCAUGGGAACUAGGAGCAGUGGCUUCCAGAAUGUGCGUGGGUCCCAUGUGACCAGUCUGUUAAAAAAAAAAAAAAGAAUGUUGCCAUGGCAACCUUUGCAUUCCACCCUGAUUUUGCCAAGGCACACAAAAAUAGGGAACAUUUUCUUAAAGAAUACUUGAGUUCUGCCUGAUUGCAACCUGAUUCCCUGCAUCCAUAUCCUGCUGGUGGGGAAAUUACCCUAAAAAAAUCCCGUGGUUUCUUUUUUGUGUUUCAACCUGCCCUUCCAUUUGCUCAGGAGAACAGGAGCUACCUGUGAGCCAAGUGGUAUCCUCCCCCAUCCUCCUCCCCCCGCCCCCCACCUCCCAGGGCCCAGGGCAAGGAUCCCUUGAUCUGGGUGAAAAGUCAGUAAUGUCAUCUGGAAGGCAAAAUAUAUUUUAAGCCUCAAUCUUUAAAAGCAUCUGUUUGCCUGUUAAGAAGAACUCCCACAAGCCAGAAAUGUGAACUGAAGUGAACCGAGGCCCACAUGUGGUCUUAGGCAAUCCCAGUAGUUUCAGAAGUUUAUAGGUGUUUUAUUUGCAGAAAACAAGAUGUGUGAGUCUUCUUUCUUGAUACCUGCUCCUGUCUCAGACUGUCCAUGACAAACGGUCUGUUCUACUAUAGUUAGUCAAAAGAGCUAGUGAAGGAUGCAAGCUCAUUUUGAUAAUAAUGCUCCUCCCAACCUCCCAUCCACAGAAUCAUAAAGUGAUAUACUUAAGUACCGGGAGAGAGAAGUUUAUCUUUUAUUCCACAUGUCUUCUCUAGGCUUAAGUCCAGACUCAGGUCAUAAAUCAAGGAGAUUUUGCUCUGCACCAGUACCUACAGCCUCCCUGGGAACAUGUGAAGGCCUGACUAGGAGAACAGGGGGUGACGGCACAGCACAGCCCCUGGGGUGGCUGGCUGCGAGCCUGAAAGCCCUGCUCUGCUGAGCUCUUGCUCUCCAGCCCGUGGAAGCCGCAGAGCUUCACUCUUUCCAGCUGCGGGUCUCAAACCACAGGUCAUUUUACUGCACUGACUACUUCUCCAAAGGCCCAUAAUCAUCGUGUUACUCACCCUGUUCCGCUGAGAUAUAGAGAAGGUCUGAAUCCCACAGCAAAAGGAGGCACCCCUUUUCUAUAAUGCCCUGAUGAUGCAGUUGAACUGUGCGUAAGCUCCUAGGCUCUGGCACAUAUUGGUUGAAUUACCAGGAGGACUGCAGAGCUGCCUUCCCUGGAGAACAUCUGUCUGAAAUGACCUCAGGUCAGAGCUUUCUCGUGGCCUCUUCAUUGACCCCACAGGGCUAAAAGUCCGUAACCCAAAGGCCUUGCCAUAGCCAUUUCCCUCACCACCUCAUGGUUCAACUCUCCCGGAAGGGAAAAAGAAAUCCAUCAGAAAUAGAAAAGAAACAUUAUUCAGCAGCUAGGGUUUUCAAUUUGAAUUAUUUAAAGCGAUGGCAAAAUGGAGACGGAUUUGGGAAGCCUCUUACAGACCCCGUCUCCGUGACAAUUUAAAUGUCAGAACUGUUCAGCUUCACUUCAUACUUCUUUUGACUAAGUCACUCAGGGGACUGUCCUUAGUUAAGUGGCCUUGCCAGAGACACUUGGUUUGGCGGAAUAAGGUCAAGUACACAAGCCAGCCAAACCCUUCGCUUAGUAUCCUCUCUCAUUGCUAAUGCACGUGGUCAUUUUAACAGCUAUGGUUUCUACUUAGUAUUGGUUUAGGGCCCUUUCUACAUGGUCUCAAGGGACAUGACAACAAUGCUCAAAAAGUCUUAAAAGCAAAAGUAAUUUGAUUCAGUUGGCUUGAAAUAUAGCCACAAAGAAUCAGUUUCUGCCAGUCCCACAAAGACAGACCUCUGUAACCGGAAAAGACUUGCCCAGCCUCCUGCUCCACCCCAUCCCCCGCCCCACUUUGGGUAACUUGUGGAACACGGUGCCCACCGCCCCUCCCCCCCCCUUGUUGAUGGAGCCCUCAUCCACCUCCUUUCCUUGAGCAUGAUGGCUUGGCAUUCAAACUGAUGCUUCUGACAUUGGUAGAAGUUAUGUCCAAGUGAAAGGAUGCAGAGGCUGGAAUUUUCCAGUGGAAUAGAUUCCAGGGAAUGCAAAAUUCAAGUGUAAUGUUGCUCCAUCCCUGGACCUGAGAGAGAAAAAAGUGUUUAAAGGGCUGCAGAAGCUGGUCCCUAAAUGUUUUUCCUGUAUAUCUGGCCUACUUUGGGAACAUACAGGGGACCGAGUGCCACGGGCUGCUGCCCAUCAACCUGAUCCCAAUGACAUGCACUGCAAGCUUCAAGAGGAGGCUGAAUGCUCACCUUUCCUUGGGGGAUGUUGACAUCUGCCCUCUCCCAGGGCUUUCUGUCUGGGUUCAGUCCUGGUGAUCCUGGUGAAUUGAAGCCAGGACAGCAGAGCUUAGAACCAGAAGAGUGGGCAGCACUAUCAGCUGGGAAGGGCACAGGAGGCAGGACCCCAGGUGCCCCUGCCACCCACCAGCCAGAUAAUUUUGAGUGACUUCCCUUCUUGGCCUCAGGUUUCUCAUCUCUAAAGAGGAAAGGUAAACCAGAUGACCCAUAAAAGCCCUCUCAUUGUGACUGUUUGUCAGAAACAAAUACAAAUAAAUGGCUGCACUUGAGAGGGUCCCCUACGAAUGGCAUCAGGGACUGGCAGUUUCAUUUUUAACACAAGUCCCAAAAGGCAGUUGUAAUCAAGUAUCUCUUUUGGUGUCCAUUGUCUAUAGGUAGGUGAAACAAUGCAAAUUGGCUUAUGUCAAAUGUGUUGUGUCUUAUGGCAAAAGGUUUUAUUUACUUCCUAAGGUCUUGCUGAUUCAAGGGAGCAUCAAAGAUGUGUCCUGGCUUAGCCAGUGUGAAAAUGAAGGGGAUUUGGUCACCUUAUCACAGGUCGCAUGAAUCAGAAUACAUGCAGAAGUAGGGUGAAACAAAGCCAGAGUCUGAAAAAGAUGCUUGUUUCUUCAUCUGAGAAAGCCUAGCGAAGCUACUGAAUAAAGAGCACAACUUCCGGUCAUUUCUUUCUUUCCUUUUUUUCUGGCUACUGGAACAGCAGUUCUAGUAUAUGUGAUCGUGGUUUGUAAUUAUUUGUAACACUGCUGAGGGAAGAGAGUCACAAUCUCUGAGAUUACCAGGAAUUAGUCUGGGGAGACCAGCUGCCUGCAAUUGUCCCUUAGAUGGCUGAAGAGUGAUGCUGAACCCAAGUGCCUGCUGUAGAUGUGGUCCAAAAAUGAUGAGGGGUAGAGGGCAGGAAGACAGGGACUGCAGGAGCCACAGAAGUCUUCAGCCCUUCUGCCCCAUGACAACACGAAAUUCUAGGUUUCUGUCCUUUUUUCUCUUUGUUUAUAUUGUAAGUCCUGCUGUUCUUACCUGGAAAGACCUAGAUUGGCCAGGAAAGGGCCCUUUCAGAUGCUGGUGGAAAUUUAUAGAAGUCAGUGUCUCUCAGCUCGCUACAAGGAAAAUCAAGAAUAUUCUUUCUUUCUGACCCGGAAAUCAGGUUUUAGGGGUCCUUGAAUGGCUUCUUAGUGUGGUUUGAUUUUCUUCCCCAACUUUGAAUCCAGAAAAAAGCUUUUCUCUCAAGGACUAACCAAAGACAAUGCCCUUGGAGGGAAAUCAGGCAUGAAAACCUGGUCAGGGAGUGGGUUAGCAAAUUGUCAUUUAUUGGGGGUGGUCACUGUGAUCCUAGGAGUCAUUAGACUUGAGACGUGACUUUCUUCUCAAAUCACAGUAAGUGGCUGAAUGCAAAUCAGAGUGCAGCUGAGGACUAUUGUAACCAAGGCGAAUGGAGCUUGGCAGCUCUCCCAUCCAGAAUGGGCCAUAAAGGCUGAAAUCCUGGGCCACAAUCUUCCCGUUUUACUUCAUUCUCAUUCCACUUCUGUUUUUUUCAUUCAGCAUUGGUUGAUGAUUUCUGCUCUUAAGUGAUGAGAGAGUCAGCAGACUAGUCAAAAGAAAAUCUCUAUAUAAAAUGUAAAUAUUAAUAUAAAUUAACGUGGCAUGCAACUUACUGAUCAAAUGAAGCAUAUAUUAUUGUUAUCUUAGUGUAUAAAGGAAAACUGACUGCCAUAUUUACCAAAUGUUUUCUCUAACCAAACCUGUCUGUAAAUAUAUAAUCUGUAUAAAAAAAGAGUCUAAUUUACCAUUAUUUAUGCAAUAGAAAAAAAUAAAAGUUGGGGUUUUUUGUUU